GUCCUCCUGGUCCGCCAGGUCCACCAGGUCCUCCAGGCUCAUCGGAUGACGGGGGCAUCCGAAUAGUGCCCGGAGCGCUCACGUUUCCCAACCAAGACGUCAUGCAACAGAAUUCGGCAACCAGCCCUGUUGGAACAAUAGCUUAUGUCGUUGAUGAAGAAGCAGUGCUUGUUCGUGUAAAUAAAGGAUGGCAAUAUUUAGUGAUGGGUCAACUGAUACCACUGAAAGGUCCUGCCGAAUCAACAACGACAGAAAGUAUUUGGCAACCGCCACAAGCUUCAAAUUUAAUACAACCAUCAAGUGGGUACAACGCACCUGGAACAGCGCUCCGUAUAGCAGCUUUGAAUGAACCUUACACCGGUGACUCUGGCGUAUCCACGGAGGCAGAUUAUGCCUGCUAUCGCCAGGCGCAAUACGCAGGCUUACGCAGUACAUUCCGUGCUAUGUUUGGCGUCAACCCAACAAGACCUGGACAGCAUAGUCAGACGAGCCGACCGAGCUUACCAGUCGUCAAUACACUGGAGACUUAUGUUCCACUCAUGGAGACAAAUGUUUGA